AUGACUACUCUACCCAUUGGGGGCAAGGAGGCCCUCGCCGGCAACAAGGAGUUUAACGACCCUCCCGCCCCAAUACCAGCAACAAUUCACGACUCAGAAGCACUCUCCAAUAAUGCUCGCAUUGUCUUCUAUCGAAGCACACUCUUCCAGAUUCUGGUCGUGGGCAUAUGUGCAUUUACUGCCCCUGGAAUCUGGAGUGCGAUGAAUGGUCUUGGCGUUGGCGGAUCCCAGAGUCCCGAUCUCGUCAACGCCGCCAACGCCAUCCUCUACGCUUUUAUGACAUUCACUUGCUUCGCAGGCCCAUGGCUCACCAACGCGAUAGGUUUCCGUUGGACGCUGGCCGUAGGCACUUUAGGCUAUCCGCUCUACGCCGCUGGACUCUAUGUCAACAACCGAACUGGUGCUACUUGGAUGGUGUAUUUUGGAGCAAUAACCUGUGGCAUAUCAGCAGGCUUCUUCUGGAGUGUCGAAGGUGCCAUAGCAUGUGGUUACCCUGAGCAGCACAAACGUGGUCGUUACAUCGCGACGUGGUUCACGUUCAGAAAUUUCGGAAACAUCAUCGGUGGCGCCAUCUCUCUCGGCAUCAAUAUUCAUAUCAACAAACGUGGCAAGGUCGGCUACCAGACAUAUCUAGCCUUCAUCGCUAUCCAAUGUCUGGGGUUUUUCUUUGCCCUGCUGUUGUCCAAUCCGGAGAGAGUCGUUCGCGAUGACGGAACACGUAUCGAGGCCCCCAGAGGUAUUCACCCGCGCCAGGAACUCAAACAGAUGUGGGACCUUAUCCGAUCGAAGCCCAUCCUGCUUCUGAGUCCUUUAUUCCUGUACUUCGGUUAUAUACAAGCGUAUCCAGGAACGUAUCUGGCGACCUAUUUUACGGUUCGUUCGCGCGCUCUCGGCAGCUUUAUGAGUGCCGUGGUUGGUACGCUCGCCACGUGGCUUACGGGCUCGCUCGUCGAUCUCCCAUGGUUGAAAUCGCGACAGAAGCGAGCAGUCUGGACUUAUGGUCUCAUAGCGUCGUUGAACAGCGCAACUUGGAUUUGGGCUGUAUACAUCCAAAAUGAAUAUCGCAAGUCCCACCCGGUCCUAGACUUCGGAGUUCAAAGCACGUUCGGCCGAGGAUUUGGAGUGUAUCUCUUCGAGCGCAUCAGUCUGGGUAUGGUCGAGAACUAUAUUUACUGGUGCAUCAGCAAUCUUUCCGAUUCACCAGGUGAUCAGAUCCGGUACAGCGCCCUCCUUCGUGGUAUCGAGACCGCAGGUGUGGCGGUCGGCUUUGGUGUUCAGGCUGUUCCAACGGCGCUGAUCAUCACGGCGAGUAUUAACUGCGCAUUCUGGUUUAUUGCCCUCCCCUUCAGUUACUAUGCCACCCUCCAGGUCGUGCAGAAGUUCAACCAGAAUGAACAGCUCAAGCAGCAGAGAGAAUCUGAAUCUGGGUCCGAUCAGGAGGUACGCCCGGUACAACGGGUUUCAGCAGAUACGAAGUAA